AGUAAGUUUGAUUAUCAUUAUUUUCCUCAUUGGUGGUUCAUCGUUGGCGGCGUUAAAGCGCACGCGUUGGGCUUUUGUCUUAACCUGUUGUAUCAUGGAAAUCUUAGUAUAUAUAUAAUACUUCUCGGCUCCUCUCCUACUCCAAUUCAUCGCGUCAGCAAAUAUUUUUUUUCAUUCUCGUUUGUUGUCGUCUGUGUGCUUCGGCAAGUACGCUGCAUCGUCCCACACCACACUUCCCAACGCUUUGUGCUUGUUGUUGUGGUUGCGGUGCCGCUCUGCAGAGGAGGGUUGAUCUGCCGUCGACACCGAGAAGGAGAGCAAAACCGCCCUCUCUCUCUCGUAGACGGUGGUAGCACGAAGAAAGAAGAAGCAAAGGACGGGCUGAUAGUGGUCAUUACUCAUUUGGGCUUUGAACGAGUACCCUAACGCCGGCGCUCCGUAUUUGCGAGUGAAGAGGCGGAAAGAUCUGCAACUACGCAUCUUCACACACACACACACACACACACACACACUAUCUCUCUCUUCGUGUUUCACACGCAUGGCGUACAAUCCUUACUACAAUCCGCCGCAGGCCCCGUCGGGCACGGAUGGCGGCUACUACGGCGCAGCCCCGGCAGACACCGGCGCCAACGCAGGCUACGGCGGCUACACCGCCGCCUCCUCCACACACGGUGCCGCCGGCGCAGGAGACUAUCCACCUCAAAAUCCAUACGGCGCUACUCCCCAACAACAGCAGCAGGACGGGUACCAGAGUAGUGGUGCGGUAGUGACGGCUCCCGCUGCAGCCGGCUAUGACCCCUACGGUCAGGCCGUUGCGUACGGCAACGGCGGCAACAACGGUUACGGACAGCAACAGCAGCAAGGCCACUACACCGGCCAGCCCCAGCCGUCUCAGCAGCAGUCCUUUCCGAUGCAGGGCAGCUUCCACUACGGCGGUGGCAGCGGCUCCCCGCCCGCCAGCAGCAGCAGCAACAUGGCGGGCCCGGCCAGUCCCCCGCCGCCGGCCCCGCCAGCCCCCAACGCGACCGACGAGAACGGUCUGCGCUGGACCUGGUCGUGCUACCCGACCACCGUCAAGCCAAAGCAGAAGGAAGCCUCGUCCGCGGCGACGGUGGCGCUGCCGGAGAUGGUGCUCCCGCUGAGCUGCAUGUACACCCCGCUCUGCCCGAUGGAGCCGAGCCACAUGGUGCUCGGGGCGGCGGUGGAGGAGCUGUGCUGCAAGAACUGCGGCGCCUUCUGCAACGUGCACAGCCAGCGCGUAGAAGGCCAGUACUGGGUCUGUCUCUCCUGCAAGCGUCGCAGCACCUUUUCGGCGAGGUCGGCGAUAACGGAGCGGCAUCCUGCCCUCCAGUACGAAACGGUGGAGUACGUGCUGCCGCCUGCGCAGCCGCAGCUGUCGCAGUACAUCGACACCCGCGCCCCUGCGUUCAUCUUCGUGGUAGACACGUGCAUCCCGUCUGGUGAGAUGGCCUCCCUGCGGACGAGCCUGCUGGAGUCGCUGCAGCAGCUGCCGCGCAACACCCUCGUGGGACUCAUCUCCUUCGGCGCCACCGUCGCUGUCUGGGAGCUCGACCCAGGGAGCAGCGGCAGCAGCAGCGGCAAAAGCCACACAGUCCCCUCCCCGAUGCGGAAGUGCUACCUACUGCGCGGCAACACGGCGAACACGCCCGAGGCGCUGCAGGCGAUGUUGCAGGUGUCGGCCGCCCACCCGGUGCGUGGACGCCUGCUGGCCCCGCUGCACGCGGUGGAGGCGACGCUCGUCUCGCUGAUCGCGGAGCUGGAGGAGGACGGCGCGGCGGUGCCGGCGUCAAAGCGGCCGCUGCGGGCGACGUCGACGGCGGUGGAGGUCGCGACGUACCUUAUGGAGGCCCUUGCCCCGCCCCACCUCUCGCCGCAGCAGCUGCAGACGUUGUACGGCAACGACAGCAAGGCCGCCGCCACGGCCGCCGCGGCGAUUGCCAGCGCCACCGUGAAGAUGGGGAAGAUCCUUCUCUUUACAGGCGGCCCCUGCACGCGAGGACCCGGGGCGGUGACCAGCACGGAUAAGGCCGACAUGAUGCGCUUCCAUCGUGACAUCAUCGAGGGCGACACGCCCUACUACGCCGCGGCCUUCAACUUUUACAACUCGCUGGAGCCGCGCCUGACGGCUGCGAACGCCUGCCUUGACGUUUUUGCGCAGUCGCUCGAUCAGGUCGGGGUGAUGGAGAUGCGCCGCUGCAUCGACAACACCGGCGGCAGCUUAAUCGUGGAGGACGAGACGACGGAUGUGAUGUUCUUAGAAUCGCUCACACGGUACUGGCAGCGGUGUGAUCUGCGCGCCGGCGUCGGCACGGCUGCUCCACAGCAACAAAGGGCGGACAACCAAGCCGUGGCAUCGUCGUCGCUGCCGAGCGCAGACGAGGACUACGCUGCACACUGCGGCUUUGGGGUGCGUAUCGAGGUGAACACGUCCUCCGGCACGUUGCUGCGCGGUGCUCUGGGGCCCUGCAACGUGGACGUGGAAGCAAACAAAAGGCUUCCUGCUCGGCAGGCCUCUCCGCUGGAGAUCGGCGUCGGCGGCACCACGCGUUGGUGCGUCAGCUCCCUCGAUCAAGGCAUGACGCUGGCGUUUGUGUUUGACACGGCGACCGCCGACGGCAAACCGGGCAGCGAGAGCACGCACGAGAAGCGCUUCAUCCAGUUCGUGACGCGCUACACAACGCCGCGUGGGGAGCAGCGGGUGCGGGUCACGAGCGUCAUGCAGCCCGUGGCGCCGUCGAACGCAGCACCCGACUACUUUACGCAGGCCGGCGCGUUUGACCAGACGUGUGCGGCGACACUCAUGGCGCGUCUGGCCGUCAGCAUCUUAGAAAAGCACCCAGGCAAGUGGGAUGACGCGAAGCGCUGGCUGGACACGCUGUUGGUGCGCUUCGUCCGCCGCUACUCCACCUUCACGCCGAACCAGCCGAACACCCUGCAGCUGCACCCGUGCCUCUCACUCUUCCCAUCCUUCAUGUACAACCUGCGCCGGUCCGAGUACUUCAUGGUGCUGAACAUCUCCCCCGACGAGACCACCUUCAAGCGCCACUGGCUGAUGCGGGAGUCGGUCGACAACUGCAUGUUGAUGAUUCAGCCCACCCUGGACUCCUACGACAUCGAGCACCCGUACGCGACGGCCGUGCAGCUCGACAGCAGCAGCCUGCGGCACGACAACAUUGUGCUGAUGGACGCGUACUUCAACGUACACAUUAUGUGGGGCAGCAUGAUUUAUCAGUGGAUCGAAGCGGGCUACCACGAGAACCCCAACUACGCGAACUUCGCGGAGCUGCUUGAGGCGGCGGAGCAGGAUGCGCAAACAAUUCUGACGUACCGCUACCCCUACCCGCGCUUCUCUCGCACCGAUGCGGACGGCUCCGAGGCACGGCACAUCAAGACGCGCGUGAACCCGGCGACGACGUACCAAAACUCCGGCCUGCAGUACGGUGCGGGGCCGAACGGUGCGGUGGAGCAGGCGGACGUGAUUUACACAGACGACGCGUCCAUCUUGACCUUCAUGACCUCGCUGAAGAAGGCAGUGGUGACGGCAGAUGCGGAUAUGAAGUCGUAA